GGGGUUCGCGCAUCCAGCGCCGGUCUCGCGCGCUCUGACGGUGAUGAUCAAUCCCGUUCAUGACAGCUAUUGUCCUCGCGCUCGAUACGCAACACCUUCACGACUAAACUAAAGCCAUUGCGACAACCGGAGAGCAUGUCAGAAAAGGAAAACAACCGAAACGAGGAGGACUAUGUUGGGGAGAUCAAAGGGGGUCUUCGGCCGACCAUGAGGCUGAUAGUGAUGGGUAUUGUUCACAAGCAGCCUAAAAGUAUGGUAGUGAUAGUGUCAUGCCAGUCUAAAGGAGAGGGGGAUGAGGAAAUCGAGGGGGAUGUUGGGCUGGAGUUGAAGGUGAACUUUCCAGAAAAGGCUGUGCUUCGUAACGCUCGUCUGUCAGGAAAAUGGGGCUCUUCAGAAACUGCUCUGUCUUUCUUUCCCUUUGCUCCAGGAGAAGCCUUUAAGAUGGAGAUUGUAUGCGAGCACCAGCAGUUUCGUAUUCUGGUGGACGGGCAACCGUUGUGUGGUUUCGCUCACAGACAGACUCAGCUGGCAUCUCUCAAUGCUCUCAGAGUUCACGGAGAUCUACAGCUCACCAAAGUGGCUUGAGCAACGGAAGAAGUGCCUGCCAGGAUGACAGACUAUUCAUAGGAGCAACCCCCGAGGAUGAAGAAGCGUACUGUAAACAACUGAUUUAAAGUUAAACGAGUUUCCCGGUUCAUUUCAAACAUCUAAAUCUCAUUUCAGUUUGUCCCGUGUUUGUUUUAGUAGACUCAAAGCCUGUUCACACAAACAACGGGUCUUUAUUGCUCAUUUUGUUGAUUUUACCUAAUGUUUUUACUUUGUGCUAAAAUUUGGUCAGUUUAUUUGGCUCUUUGAAACAGAAGCAGAAGUGCCUUCAUUUGUUCCAUUAGAUGCACUUAUUGAGUAGAGGACUUUAGGUGUGCUCGUAGCAGUGAUUGUAGUUCCAAUUUAUUUAUGCAUUUGAUAGACGCAUAUUACAUUGCAUUCAAGCUAUACAUUUGAUCAGUUUAUGCAUUUCCUGGAAACCAAACUUAUGGCCUUGUCAUUGCUAUGCUCUAAAGAAAUGCUGGGUUAUCUUAACUCAAAUAUAGGUAAAAUAUGGACCAUCCAAACAAUUGAAUUAAGUUUGUCCACUGGGUUUGUCCAUUAUCAUAUUCAUAUUUUGGUUGAAAUAAAACCAGCAUUUAUUAGAGUGUAGCAAGGUGUUUUAGGGAUAGUUCACUCAAAAAUCAAACAUAUACUCCACAAUUACUUGUCCUCAAGUGAUUCCAAACAAAAGUGGAACAGUGUUUUUGUCCUGUUGAACACAAAAGAUAUUUUGAAGAAUGUAGGGAAGCGGGAGCCAUUGACAUCCAUAUCAAGAAAAUAAAAGUACUUUGGAGGUCAAUGGCUAGCGUUUUUUCAUUUCUGGGUGAACUAUUCUUUGAACAAUUUGUGUUUGUUUUGCUGUUUUAAUGUUGAAACCAUUUCAACAGAACAUUUCAGAAUCAUUUUCUGUUCAUCUUUUGUUGAUGGGAAUGUACCACAGAACAGUUCUGAUGGCAUACGGAAGCCUAGCAUUCAUAACUGACACCCGAAUGUUCACUUUAAAAUGUCAUUCCCUGCGAAUGUAUUGGUUUGAAGAAAAAGGACUCAAAGUCCAUGUUCAGCCUGUACUUGGUGCUGUCGAUCUACACAAUGCUGCAAAUGAAGCAUGCGUUAAAUAAGGUUUAUAGCAAGGUCUACUUGAAUGUCUUAUAACAUCUAACAAUUGCAAUAUGUACUGUAAACAGUAAACUUUUCUUAAUAU